UUACCACCCACCACCAAAACCAACCUGAAAAGCAAACCCCCAUUAACCUAACCUUGCCUCGCGCUCCUCUCCCUUUCCCAAAACCGAUCAAACAAAAGCAUAUAGGAUUCUUCUUCGCUCAACUAAAUUGAGCACAGUUGCCCGACAAACCUUUGGUUUUGUGUCAAAUGUGCAAAGGAUCACUGCCCCAAGCAAAACCCACUUCUCCCUUUUCCCAAUUUCUGUCUCAAUCAAUUUCCCCUAACUUCAAUUUAUCACCAAAUUAAACCCUAACCCUUGUCUCCCCUUUUAUGCAAUCACUCUACCUGCAAAUUUUAUAAAAUCCACCAUCUGGGUUCUGAUCCUGUGAGCUUUUUUGUUGGAUUUGAGGUGGAAAGGAGGAAGCUUUGUUUGUUCAAUGGAGACUGGAGGUUCUGCAAGUGGGUCGUUGACUAAGUCAACGCUGUCCAGGGAGGAGAAUUUUGCCAUGUCUUCUGAGGACUCUUCUACCCCUGAGGAGUCUGGGCUCGAGCUCUGUCUUGGGCUGAGCCUUGGUGGUGGUGGUGGUAAGGGUCAGCAAGGGCAAAGGGGUCAAGUUGCUAGGAUCUUGACUGCUAAGGAUUUUCCUUCUGUGGGUUUUUCUUCUUCGUCGGCUUCCAAGUCGUCGUCUUCUACUUCUUCGUUGAGCAGUGCUAAUGUUGCGGCUGGAACCAAGAGAAGUGCUGAUUCUGUGGCUGCUGCUAAUGGUGGCAGCAGUCAGGUUGUGGGAUGGCCUCCUAUCAGAGCUUAUAGAAUGAACAGUUUGGUUCACCAAGCGAAAUCUUCAUCUGCCGAAGGAUCUAACUCAGUAAAUGAGAGAAGCGAGUGCAAGACUGGUGCGGGGAAGGUUAACAAUGGAGGUCGCAAGACCAAUGGAGAUGCUAAGGAGAUAGGGCAGCAGAGGGGUUCCCUGUUUGUGAAGGUGAAUAUGGACGGGAUUCCUAUUGGGCGAAAGGUUAAUCUAAAUGCACAUAGUUCGUAUGAAGCCCUAGCACGAAAAUUGGAGGAUAUGUUCCAUGGGCCCUCGACACAUGGUUCAGGUGGUCAGGAGAUGGAAGGAGAAACUAGACCCUCAAAGUUGCUGGAUGGAUCGUUUGAGUUUGCGCUCACUUACGAAGAUAAAGAUGGAGACUGGAUGCUUGUGGGAGACGUUCCUUGGGAGAUGUUUCUUGGUACUGUGAAGAGGUUAAGGAUUAUGAGGACAUCUGAGGAUAACGGACUCGCUCCGCUGUUACAGGAAAAGAAUGUGAGGCAAAGAUGUAAGCCAAUCUAGAUCCGUUUCUCGUAACAUAAGCAAGAAGAGACAACCUAUGUUUGAAAGUGUACAAAGGGGGCAAAACCUAUAGUAGGAGCAUUUUGGAAAGAAGAGGGAGAAGCCGUUGGUUUUCGGGUUCAUUUUUGGUGCUGUCGAAUGCCAUUUUGUUUUAUUUUUGUUACGCCUUCUCCGAGAGCGAUCUCCCUACCUUUUGAAAACCACAGCCGUCUUAGUUUUCAAUGUAAUACUGCUAUAUAUAUACGUUUGCUUACUUUGGUGAAUGUUGUUUUAAGUUGUAUAUAUGGGAACACCCCCAAAUGCUUGUCUGUUCAGCAGACGAGCAAUUUUCA